GACAAGUCUCUGAUAUCCAAGGUGAUGGCCAUGCGCACCUCCUUGCUUUGAGAGGGCUUCGGCCUCGCGAUCUGUCUUCUGCGUCGCUGCGUGAUAUCGCUUCUACCCCGCGAUAUUACGGUGUGUUGUGGUGUCGGGUGGCCUUGGGAGCCGUUCCUUCUUCGUACUACUUGUACAAGACUUUUUGACUCGGAUGUAGAUUUUCGGUUUCUCUUUUCCGUACCCACUCGCGCGAGAAACCUGCCCCUCUCUCUUACUAUUCCUAUAAAGCGUAAGGUUUAAGUUUCACGCUUCUCAUUAUUAUCAAAACUACCAACAUCACCCAUUCACACAGAAGGUGCAUCAAUUGGAAGGCCUCAACAUGGUUUCCAAAUAUACGAUAUUUGCGGCGGUAGCAGCUGUAGCAUCAUAUUUGGUUGGGAACCGUGUCAUAAUCCCGCCAUGGUAUCUUACAUUUGGAUAUAUAGGAAUCUUUAUUGAAGGGUUCCUGUUGCAGUUUGCAGUCUGGGUCUUCUACAACGUAUUGUUGAAGCAUAGGCUUAGCCCAUUGAGACACCUACCCGGCCCCAAGGAUAACGGUUUAUUCAUGGGACAAUGGGACAACAUGGCUGCAGAAAAUCUGGGUGGUCCGCAGCGAAAAUGGGCUAGAACAAUCCCGAACGAUGGCAUUAUUCGUUUCCUGGGCAUCUUCAACAAGGAGCGCCUCUUAAUCACCUCUCCCAAGGCCCUCUCUGAGGUUCUCACUACUAAGUCCUAUGAUUUCGUAAAGCCUCACGAGGUCUCCGUAGGCAUCGGGCGUCUACUCGGCAUCGGCGUGCUCCUGGCCGAGGGUGACGAGCACAAGUUUCAACGCAAGAACCUGAUGCCCGCGUUCGCCUUCCGCCAUGUUAAGAGCCUCUUCCCGACGUUCUGGUCUAAAUCGCUCGAGGUUGUGUUCGCCAUAGACGACGAGAUCAAAAACACUGCCGGCGCCCCACCUCCAGAAGAUGCUAUUGAGGCCGGCGUCAGCCGAGACGUCAAGCUAGACAGCGACCAAGCAAUCGUAUCCGUCAGCCAGUGGUUUAACCGCGCGACCCUAGACAUCAUUGGGGUCGCCGGAAUGGGGCAGGACUUCAAUGCCAUCGCUGACCCAACAGGCGACUUGUAUCAAGCAUACGUCAGGACGUUCCGGCCCUCUCGCCAGGCUUUCGCUCUGCAAAUCUUGUCCUUAUUUAUCCCCCACGUCAUCAUUAGGCACUUGCCCUUCAAGUACAACAGGGAAGUGAAUAAAUCCGCCAAAAUAAUUCGCGACAUCUCCCGGGACCUCAUCACCAAGAAGAAGGAACGCCUCGCGAAAGGCCUAGCAGCAGACAAGGACAUCCUCAGCGUGGCUCUCGAGUCCGGCGCCUUCACCGACGACCAACUCGUCGACCAGCUCAUGACCUUCCUCGCUGCCGGUCAUGAAACAACUGCUACAGCUAUGAUUUGGGCCAUCUACCUACUCAGCAUACACCCAGCCAUGCAGACGCGUCUGCGCUCCGAAGUGCGCGCCGGUCUCCCAAGCCCCGACUCUGGCGACUCCAUCACAGCGGCCGACAUCGAGCGGCUGCCCUACCUGAACGCCGUGUGCGCAGAGGUCCUCCGGCACCACUCCCCCGUGCCGAUGACGCUGCGGGAGGCCAACGUCAACACCUCGAUCCAGGGGGUGCCCAUCCCCAAGGGCACGAUGCUGUAUCUGGUGCCGUGCGCGACGAACCGCGACCCGAAGCUCUGGGGCCCGGAUGUGGAUGAGUUCGAGCCGGAGCGCUGGCUGCGGGACGCGAGUGGGGGUGCGGAGUCGAACUAUGCGUUCCUGACGUUCAUACAUGGGCCACGCAGCUGUAUUGGGGAGAAGUUUGCGAGAGGGGAGUUUGCGUGCUUGGUGGCUGCUUUUGUGGGGAGGUUUGAGUUUGAGUUGGCGGAUCCGAGGAUGGAGGAUGAGAGGACGAUUCCGAUUAAGAGGGGGGCUACGAGCAAGCCGGAGAAUGGGCUGUGGAUGAAGAUGAGGAAGGUGGAGGGGUGGUAGAAUGGUAGGAGGGUGGGAUGGUUUAUGGAGAUGGGAUGAAAAAGCGAGUAUAUAUAUGUACUGUACAUACAAGACGAGAAGCAC